GCCGCUUCCGCGCGGGAAUUACGGAGCAGCGGCGGCGGCGGCUGCGGGAUAUGCCGCUGCAGUUUCUUCCGCGGAAGAAAGUGUGAUGGUGGGGGAGGAUCGGCGUUGUGCAAGCUACGCCCCCACCCCGUUAGCCUCUGAGCAGGUUAGAGGGCGCGCAGCUUUUGUCCCAGGGAAAAGCGUGAACAAUGGAUGAUGACUCCAGCACUCACUCCGUGCCUUCUUCAUUUACUGACAGCUUAGAGGCCGCAAUGGAAAUAGAAGGACAUUACUCCCAAGUUCUUUCUUUCUCCUGUGUCUCAGACCUUAAAAGUGAAGGAAAAAGCUUUUCUCCUGAUUCUUAUUUAGCAAGUGGUUCUCUUAAGAGGAAUUUACUGGGACUGGAUCCCUUUCCAAUUGAUUAUGAAAAGGACAUUGUGGAAUUAUUUGAUUUUCAAUGGGUUACUGAAAUUGCUUUAGUUGAAUCUUGUACGUUUCUCUUUGGAUUACUGAGACAAUUCAUAUACAGAUUAGAAAACCUUGUUCAGUCAAGUUCAUCGGACUUUGGUCAAGCUGCAAACCGUCAUUUAGAAGCACAUAAUAUGAGACAAAAAUGUGUGGAGUUUCUGCAAUAUGUGAAAGUUUUCAUCUUCAGGUAUCUGGAGCCACAUGAAACAGAGGAUGAGUUGUUCCAUCCAUAUGAGAAACAAGAAGCACAACUCCCUUCCUUGAUUGUUGAAGAACUCUAUUCUUUGACGCUGCAUAUUGGCCGCCUAUAUGACCUCCCUGCUUGCAUUCUAGAAGGAAAUACCAUUCUGCCUCAAGCAAAGUUAUUUCCUCCAUCAUGGCACUUGCUGCAUCUGUACAUAGACAUUCACUGGUCAGUGUUGGAAAUCCUCCAUCUUCUUGGUGAAAAGAUGCAAAGGCAAACCAUAUAUGCUCACAGAUUUACAAAUUUAACUGGAGAAAAUCUAACCAAUAUCAGUUUGUUCGAAGAUCACUGUGGUAAUCUCUUAUAUGAUCUGAUAAAUUUGUCAGUUAAGAGGUAUUCAAAGGUUAGGCUCUCUGAAGCUCUUAUUACUCUCCACUAUACUUGUACCUGUAUAAAAGAGCUGUGGGUUCUACUUAUUCAUCUGCUUGACCACAGAAAUAAAGCAUCUCUUACAGAGUCUUUUUGGAACUGGCUAAAUCAAAUCCUGAAGAAAGUAUUCAAAAAAAACAAUGGUACUGAUUCAGUAUCUGCCUUUGAAUCAAUUCCAUGCAAGGAUCCACUGAGCUUCAGUUGGUGGAUUAUAACCCACUUAGCAUCACUUUAUCAUAUUGACCGGAAUGGAUAUACAGAUGAAAAGAAACCAGUAGAAUCCAACUGGCCUUACAUUGAAGAUCUGCUGAAACAAUCGGUCAGCAAUCAAGCUGGAAUUUUAGAAGAACAAUUACGGAUGCAUCUUCAGUGUUGCUUGACAUUAAGCCACAUCUGGGAUGUAAAUCUCACUAUUGUCACCAUAGUUUGGGAACAUUACAGCAAAAAUCUGAACAACCCCUUUACCAUUCCUUGGUUUGGUCUUAAAGGUCUUGCAAAUAUUAGCAAGUCACCCUUGUCUAUGUAUGAGUUGAUAAAGAGCUACUGCAGUGACAUACAUACACCUGACAUGUAUAUAUCCUGCAACAGUUUCCAAUUUUUUCUUCGCAUUUUGGCACAAAUAAUGAAGAAAGCAGGCAAGAUUAAUGGUGUUCAUCCAUGGAAGCAGAUCAAAGGAAGAAUUUAUUCGAAAUUCCACCAGAAAAGAAUGUGUGAACUAACAGAAGUUGGACUUCAAAAUUUCUUGUACCUUUUUCUGGUGUUGGCGGCCUUAGCAGAGACUGAAGACGUUGCUAGCCGCAUGAUGGAACUUCUGCGCUUCCUCAGUCCCACUUCAACCAGUGUUACUCAGAAAGCUCUUAUCUGGAAAGGCUACUUUGCCUUCAUCUUAACAUACAUUGACAAGAGCAUGGACAUCAGAGUGCUUGCUGAACCGCUUUCAGCAGCUUUCUGUGAAAAGGCAAAAGAAUUCUUAGUCGCAAGAAACGACCUCGUGCAGAAACAAAACCUUUGGAUGCUUCUUUCUACAUAUGUUGAUGGAAUCCAAGAAGUUUUUGAAAGCAGCUUAUACCUGAACCUUUCUGAAGAAAAGCUGCUGAGUGAUGGGUUUAGUAUGUUGUUGCCAGGUUGCCGAGGAGCUGAACUCAUCGCAGUGUUAAACUUCCUGCAAGCUGUUUUGUUCAGACUGAGAACAGCACAUGAGCAGUUAAACCAGGGACUUCGGUUAGGCAGUCCAGGCCCCAAUGCACAGCCUUCAUCAGUGGCGAAAGAGCACCACCUUGCUGUUGCCAAAGCUCUCUGGAGAAAUUUCUUUCCCUACUUGAAGGGCCAGAGGAUGGUGAAGACUCCCCCUCCUCAGAUUGCAGAUACAGCUGCAGGUUUGACUUUGUUAGCUUUGGAUUUACCCAGCACAUGUACCUCAGAUCUCCAGCCUCAGCCAAUUAUAUCUAUGAUGCAGUUGUUUGGAUGGGAUGAUAUGGUUUGCCCUCAGCUGGUAUCAAGGUAUCUAACUCACCUGAUACAAAACAGUGCACUGGCUGAAGCUCUUACUGGCAUGAGUCAUUCAUCUUACCAAUCCUUGUUUGUUCAGUCAUGGUUUCGAUGCAUUUUACAAAUGUUUAUCAAUCAGCCUCCCGAGACUUUGAUCAGGACAGAUGCCGAGCAAGCUACCAAUAAGGCUUAUAUGGAACAAGUGACUGAACUUACAAGAUUGAUAUUCAAACUGCCAGAAGUAGUAGCUAUCUUCUCAAAGGCUCACUUUGAUGAGUCAGUCUACAAACAAGAUCCUAAGGAGGCUGUUUUCCGGUUCAUUGAGGCUGUUGGAAAAAACUACAGUGAGCUUCAGCAACUGCCUGAAAAAUCAGCCAUGGUGACAAAGGCAUUGGUAUAUCUUGGUGACAUAUUAAAAUAUGUAAAACCCUAUUUAGUAAAGAAAGGGCCUGCAGAAGGACUCCAUCUCACCUACAAGAUAAUAGGAUGCCUUGUGAAGUUCUGGGCAGCCAUAUUGGCUACUUCCAAAGCACAGCCCCUCUUGUUCCGUAUUAUAGAUUGCUUGCUUUUGCCCCAUGCUGUGCUUCAGCAGGAUAAAGAACUACCUGCAGUGAUGUUGGCUGCCAUUCGUGAGAAUCUCCCGUUUUUCCUUCAGGGCUUGUCCUUUAUAUGUUGCCAUUGCCAGUCUCAAAGUCAGAGUGCCUAUUUGAACCAAUUGUUACGGAAUGUGAUUCGCCAGUAUUUGGGGCGCUUUCUGCUUCUGUCAUCUCGAGCCGGGCAUCAUCCCAUCUUGCUGGCGUUAUGUGGUUCUGCUGCCACUCCAGAAACCAUUCAUCUGCACAAGACCUCUGUCCAAGUCAUCAGUGAAAAUUAUCUACAGUUCAAAGGUAAUGCCCCGCCUUCUCGUCUAGGAUCAGUGUUAGCAUUCACUCUUGAAGCACUGCAAAGGACCAAAAGCAUUGAAAUAUAUGAUGUUGAGAUGUUGCUGCCUUCUGUCUUAAAGUGCCUCAUAUUGGUUAAUGAACCACAAGUUAAAAAACUCUCAACGGAGAUACUGCAGUACUUGGUAGAAGGCUGCCAAACGAGGCCAGGAGGCGAGCUUGCCACCCAGCUGAUUUCUGUGUUUAGGCAGUUUAUUCAAGAUUACACUACUGUGUAUGAUAAUCAGGUUUAUAGCAUCUUGGAAACAGUGGCGAUUCUGGACCAGUCUCUGGUCAUCAGUCUGAUUCCAGCUAUGACUGAGGCCCUGAGGAAUUCAGAGUACAAACAAGGCUUUGGCAGAAAUACCUUGCAAAGAGAAGCCUACAAAAGACUUUUAUCUCACCUCACAGAGCCUGGACAAAUGGAGAUACUGAAACUGGAAAAUGAGUCCUAUUAGCAGCAUGUUGACUGGUUUGUGUGUGUGUGUUUGUGUGUUGAGAGAGAGAGGGAGAGGGAGAUGUUCCAUAGAAUAGUUCUUAAUGCAGACAACACAUUUCCUGUGUAUAGGUACAUAAUGUUUCUGCAUAUUUUUUAUAAGCAGAUGUGAUGUAAUAUUUUAAAACUUCAAACAACAUAUACAGAAUACCCUGAAUGUUGUUGUUUUUUUCAUUUCACAUGAACAUUAGGUGCCAUUACAAUCUAUCAGAACUAGAAAGCUAUGCCAAGAAUAAAAAGGUGUUAUAUUCUAAAUACUAAAAAGAAAUGGGAAACACAAUCUCCGACAGUAUUUUUUUCCUGGUCCAGUAAACCAGCACUCUUGCUUUCACGUCUUUCAAUUUGACAUCUUGAAUGUUUUGCACGCCAACCCUUCACAUGAGCAAGGCCAGGAUGAGGUGAAGAAACUUGAGUACCUUAUGUUAACAGAAGAUCUUAUGUAAGCAUUGGGUGGAAUGGUAAGAGCUGUCCUAGCAUUGCCCCCGUUUUAAAAUCUGUAAACGUGUAUUGCUGAAUUCGACCUCUGACCCUUUCUGUGUUAUCCUUAUACUUGCUUGAGCUGUGUUCCUAUUCUUGAAUACCAAGAACUGAUUCAAUAAUGAGAACUGCUCACCAGGUCACUGUAUUGCUGUAUGGAUUCUCAUCCAAUAAAUUAUGCAAUUGCCACAUCUGGCAAGUAGACCCUUCAUUUUAAGUAGGCUGCUAUAUUGACUCAGUGGCAGAACUGGUGAAAUGAAAUUUUUUCAGUUACUAACCAGAGACUUUUUUUGUGUGCCCAUCAAUUAUUGUCACAAAAACCUCCUCCUAGUCUUUUUUGAGAGCAUUUUCUAUUGUUAGGGUUUUAUUAUGUAAAGAUAGCAGAUUAUCUCUUCCCUAACUCAACUAUUAUUACAUCAGGUCCUACAGGAACUAAAAGCUUCUUUUAGGCUACUUAAUAGUGUGGCGCCAAAACCUUCUUUUCAUUUAUGAAAGAGACUUACUGAAUUUAAAUUGUAGUUUCUUGUAAGCAACUACAUUUUGGAAGAGUUUAAUUCAGUUCAAAAGGCCUUCAUUUCUAAAAGGCUUUCUUUAAAAACCUUCAGGUGAGAUGCUUUCAAAAUCUGAGUCUUUACCUUUCAGUAGAAACGCGAAACAGAAAUACGCCUUUUGAAUUAAAUUUUUGAAUGGGAAGCCUUUGAUUUGUAGGAAAAUAGGAGUUACAGUAUAACAUCUUGUUUAACCAAACAGCCUUUUAUUGGAAAUAUAAUUAAUACUUAGCUGAGAUAUUUAAAGAUUUUUAUGAGUCUCCAUUCAUGAAAAAUUACUCUUGAAUGAGGAGUCAGUUGAAAGAUUUAUUAACACAUCUUUUUAACAUUAUAUUAUAUGAUCGCUGGCAGUGAUCAUUUGCCUGUGGAUUCAGGGAACAGAUAUAUCUAAUUAUUGCAGAAAAGCUUUAUAAAUCUGCAUUGGCUGAUUAUCUUGAGAAGUAGUGGAGAAAAUUUGAACAAUUGCAGAGUGCACAUGACAUGGCAAAAUAUAUAUGGCAGUAAUAUACGGAAAUAUAUAAAAUGUUAAAAUUUAAUUGGGUACAUAAAAAGUCCCAAGUGCUUUAUGUUUAUUUUAUGAUUCUAUUUUAAAUAACUGCUUUUAUGACAAAUUCCUUUAUAAAGUUUAGAGCCACAAUAUUAAUUCACUUAUUUCCAAAGAGAUGAAUUCAGUUUUAGAUAGAAAUGUCUAAUUCUGAUUUAAAUUCUGCUUAUUGAGUGAAGGUUUAAUUACUGAAUUCAGUGUGACCAUUCAAAGGCUUAUUAGAUUGUAAACCAUAGUAAAUCUUUUUAUCAUAAUGUUCAGUUGUUGUUUGCGUCAGGUUAUAUAAGCCAUGGGUAUAAAUCGUAGUCAAGAAGUCCUGAGCAGAGGACUUAAUGUGCAAUUAGAAAGGAGACCUUUCAAAGAUUCAAGAAAAGAAGGAGAUGAAUGUUACUUUGAUUCCUUGAUUCCUUUGCAACCAUGAAGUCUUUCCCUAUGCCCUAAGUUAUAUAGAUAAGUUACAAGCCUGAUCUUAGACCUAUUAUCCUUGAUCAACCUUGCUCUUUCUUUUUAUAUUUAGAUAGAAUAUGAAAGUGUAAGUCAGGGGUCUCCAACCUUGGCAACUUUAAGACUUGUGGACUCCAUGCUGGCUGAGGAACUCUGGGAGUUGGAGUCCACAAGUCUUAAAGUUGCUAAGGUUGAAGACCCCUGGUGUAGGUGAUUAAGGCUGGCUUUUAGAGAAAGAGCUUAAGAUCAAUAUAUUCUAGCUAUUCCCAAAAUUCCCAAAAUGAAGUUUGGACUCAGACAAAUUAGGCAACAGAUGCAAUCCUGACCUUAGUCCUACUCAAUGUAUACAUAUAGAUAGCCAGUUUGGGCUAAUGGUUAAGGUAAAAAACUGGGAGGCUGUGAAUUCUAGUCUUGCCUCAGGCAUGAAAGCCAACCGGGUGAUUUGAGGCCAGACGUUCUCAGCUCAGCCACCUCACAGGAUGAUUAUGGGGAAAAUAAGGGGACAAAAGAGAACUAGAUACAUUCACCUCCUUGAGCUUCUUAUAAAUAGUAAAAGCAGGAUAAAAUAAAUAAGUCCUUUAAAAUAUGCUUAUUAGUAGUGAAAUGUGUAUUCCCUAAACUUCAUAGAAAGCUCAGGAUGAUGUGAUAGGUCUCAGAUUUUUCUGCCAAGGUAAAUUCUACCCUCUACCUAUUUGAUAGGAACCUCCCCAUUUGCACUUUCAGUAGUCAGAAUGCAGAUACAGAAAGCCAAUUUUAGAAUUUUUGCUGCCACCGUUUUGAAGAUUCAGUCCCAUUAAAAUUUCUUAUUUUGGAUUUUAUGUGUUAACCGUUAUAGCGCUUCAUUUGUAUUUUAUGUAUUACAGCAUGCAUUUAAAUGAUAGAACCUGUCUUUUUCCCUCCUUGUAGGCUUUUUGUUAAUGCUGUGUAUUUCAAUGUACUUCUAAUCCCCCUGCAAAUAGAAAGAAUCUGGCCACCAAUACGAUCCACUUUCAUUUUAGCAAUGAAGAAGAAAGCAUCCAGUAUGCACAUAAAUUGCUCAGUUUCUUAACCAUCCAACAAUUUUCUAUGAUAUUGCAUAAAUUGUUGAAAAUUCAUACUAAUUGCCAUCAUUUACAAUUAUAGGCAAGUCCGUUUUGUCAAAUUCUGUAUUUUUUUAUUGUUGGAAAGAUGAAGAUGUGUCUUAAAUUACUUGAGAGUUUUAUUUCACAUAAGUGAUGAGGUAUUUUGUCUUAUUACAAAAGCUUCUGAGAUCCAGGGGGUGAAAGAUGUACCUUCAUCAUGGAAUGAAGCAUUUUGUUAAAAAAUCUAAAUGGUAUUUAUAAAGUCUUUCUUCCCUAGCAGGUUAUUCUAGGUACAACAUACUCACCUAAAUGGAACAAUUCAGCAAGAAAACAGGUGUCUGUGCUGUACUCAUAUUUUUAUUAAUAAUUUCUUUGCUAAAUAAACUUGGAUGUCUAUGAAGGAAGAUAGAUAUACCAAAAUUAACUGUGACAAGCAUGAAAAUGGUUAGGAAGCAAACAGCUUCAGGCGUUCCAUGUGCUCAUCAGAUCUCUGUACCAAGGGCAUUUGACAAUGUUUGAUAAUGGAGUUUUACUUUCCUUGUGUGCCUUGCACAAAAUCGUAGGUACAAUUCCACAGAAUGUGAGAUUACAGACAUCAGUAAAAAAUGUAUUACAUUUUUGUUGUAUUUCAUUAAGCUGCACUAGAAAACUCCCAGCUUUCUUUUUUCAUAGCUAGUUGAUGUAUGUAGUUGGUUUGUUGAAAUUAGCUUGGAUAAAAGCUAUCAUUAAUGUAGAUUAUUCCAGGUCAGCCACUUAGUUAAGUGGUACCACACUUUAUUUUGGGGUAGUAGCACUACAAUAUAUUUUCUUUCCUGUUCCAUAAGAAAAGCAAGCAUACUGAGAAUCCAAGAACAUAACAGCCUUGCAAAUCUUAGCAGAAGACAGAUGCUUUGUUAAAGAGCCAGAAAUAAAUGUAGAAAUACAUCCUUAAGGAUUUUUAAAUCAAUCUUUGACAGAAAAAAAAUGUAUCAUAUGCAGACUUUGUUUAGAGCUGAAUAUUACUCCUAGUACCAGUAAUAGUAAUGCCAUCAAAGAUGUUACUUUAUAACCCCCAUUUUCAGUUGGCUUUUCCUUGAUAUGAUUUUGAAGUUUUAACCAUUGCUGUACAGUAGUAUAUUUGACCAGGUCUUGAUACUGUUAAAAUGACAAGUGCAAAAGACUAAGAGUGUCUUAGAGGGGGACUACAAUUGUCCUGUACAGAGAAAAUGAAUAUGGCUGUAUAUUUGACAUAUUGUUAGGUUUAACAAUAUGUGGCUGCAUGGAGGCCACUCAGAACUAUACUAUAGUCAUUAACCUUCCAAUUAAACUGACAAGUUUCUUAAGUACUAUAAAGCCAAAGGUGGGAAGUUGCUGUAAUCCAGAUAUUUCAGGCUCCAGAUCCCACAAAUCUUUGCAAGACCAAUGCUCAGUUAGUUUGUAGAACUGUAAUCUAAACUAUCUAGAAAGAACCAUUAUCCCAACAUCUGGGACAUUUUCACAUUUACUCUUGGGUGAGGUUGCAUUUAAACAGGAUCCCCCCUUGGACUCCCAUCUACACCUCCAAGGUUAAGUGGUUGCUAUGGCCAGAAAGAUUUUUGUACUGAUAAGUUUUCCUCAACUAGCUAUGACCAGAAGGCUUAGACAAUUGCAACAUGCUACAAAUGAGGGGACCCUUGAAGACAAUCAGUAUAAAUGCAGCAAGGUGAACUGUAAUAAGUGUUUCACAUUACCUCCACCUUACAGAGGAAGUGUGCCAUUUGUGUAGAAGCAUCCCCUUUUUUUGGAACAACCCACAACUGAGAUACAUAGGGUUCCCAUCCUUCAAACAUUCCAUAAGUUUCUGAAGACCAGGACUUCAUCUGUGUUUAUGGUGUCGGCGGAGCCCUUGGCAAUGUUUUGGAUGUUAUUAAUGUGGGACUUGCUUUUUGGAGUCCAAGUAUGAAAUCUAAAACAAUAAUACACUUUUGGUUGUUAAUGUCAAUAAAGAUGCUUAAAAACUGCAUAUAUGUGCAAAUUUCCUGUGAUUUCUGAAGUUGGUUUACUGCAUAGAGAAACAGCACCAAUAUGUGCUCCACUGCUUUGUUAGAAACUCAAAUAGUUACUGUAUGAAAAUACAUUUUAUGAAUAUGAAUAUAAACAAAAAUGCACUAAAAGAAAUGCAGUAAAUAGUGGAAAAUGUUAUUUUUAUUGUAGACUAUGCACAUAUGCCAGUAAUGUUGAAUGGAGGCACAUUUGUUUGAAAUUCUUCAUCUAUUGAUUUGUUUUAUACCUCAGCAUAUUCAAGCAUGCAGGUUACGAAUUUGCAGUGGGUACACAAUUAUCAAUGUGGUAUCUCUUUCAAAUAAAUGUCAAAAUAUGUAAGAAAUUGUUCAUGAAGUUAUUAAU